AUGGUACUAAUGUUAAAGAUAUUUAGCCAUCUGCUUAAACCAUGAAAUUAAGAAGUUAAAAUUAUCAAGGAAACAUUAAUAGACCAGGAAAAGUUCCUAAAUCAAUAAUUGUAAUCAAACAAAUUAUUUUUAUAGAAAAAGGAAGAAAAUCUCCCUAUAGGACCAAUUUUAUUAGGAGUGUUUUUAUUUGUAGUUGUUGGUUCAGGUAAAUUAUAAAUUUAAGAUUUAAGCUUUAUUCUAAAUACUUAAUGUUGCUUCAAGUGGUUAAGAAAUAUGA